AAAAAUGAGGAAAUGCAGUGAAGAACACAGGAAAGAUGAUGGCAAUUGGGCCAACAUCACCCUGGACCCCGCCACCGCCCACCCGCGCCUGGUGCUCUCCGCCGACCGCCGCAGCGUGCGCUGGGAAUACGGCACCGGAGACGCCGCCGCCGGCAGCCCCUGCGUGCUGGGCUCCGAAGCCUUCACCUCCGGCCGCCACUACUGGGACGUGGACGUGGCCCAGGGCCAGUACUGCGCCGUGGGCGUGAGCCGGGAAUCGCCUCCCUACGGCUCCGCCGGCACCGGCGCCUUCCACCCCGCCGAGGGCAUCUGGGCCGUGCAGCAGUGGGGCUUCCAGAACCGGGCGCUCACGCGGCCGCCCACGGCGCUGGCGCUGCCGCGCGUGCCGCGCCGCAUCCGCGUGCGCCUCGACUGCGACUGGGGCGAGGUGGCGUUCCGCGACGCCGACAGCGGCGCGCCCAUCUUCGCCUUCCCGCCCGCCGCCGCCCUCGCCGGCCAGCGCCUCCGGCCCUGGUUCUGGCUCGAGCUGGGCGCCCUGGCGCUCGUGCGGUGA